CCGUAUAAGUCAUCUAACAUAAAGUCUCCGGUUUUGACGUUUCAUGACCUUGACCUUGACCGACAUGUUGUAAUCUGUUAGGCAGAGAGCUCUGGAGUCAACAGCAGUCAAACACCUCUAUGUUGUGAACUAUCAGGCAGACAGGUCGAUAGUCUACACCAGUAACACUGAGAUCACUUAGAUUGUUCGCUUAGUUUUAAACCAGCCCUCCCAGCCACGAGACGCACAGCUGAAGUGAGCCCUAACCCAGCGGAUCUUGUGCCAGUCGUUCUAUCCCGCCAUGCCGCUGUGCCUGUUAUACACCAACUUGAAGGACGAGGAUAUCCCUGCAGACCUGGAGGUCACUCUGGCGAAGAAUGUCGCCGAGGUUCUCAACAAGCCCAUUGAGAGAGUGACCACGAUGAUACAAAGCGGACUGCGCAUGUACCGCCUGGAGAGCAGGGCCCCGACUUGCUUCCUUCAGAUCCACUCAAUAGACGUGUUUGACAAAGACAGGAACCCAGCCUACACCCAGCCUAUCAUCGACUUCCUCAAGAAUGCAUUGAACAUUGAAGGGAACAGGGUUGUCAUCCAGUAUCUGCCGCUGUUACAAUACAACGUCGGAAUGGAGAAGUAAAGAUGAUGUCGUCAGUGUCAACUAUGUCAUUCUAUCGUCAUUGCACAUUGUUCAGAAAGAUACACGCAGAUAGAUUAGGCUGCAGAUUUGACAACAGAUGCAUGUAGUACCUUGAUUGAACAUAAAUAGAUUGAUAGUU